AUGAAAUUAUCUGCCUUCACAUACGUUGUAGACGCAUUGCUUCUCUAUAGCUUAGCGGUGGAUGCUGCUUCUAUAGCUUCUCCAUCCUCAGCAACUAAUAAAGAUUAUAUCAAAGUGAAUUUUCAGAAGAAAUACGGUAAUUCAUUUGAAAGCGCUUCUAAUGAUACGAAAGAUAAAACGCGUUUGGUGGCAAGAGAUAAUGAUUACGAGCUAGUAGAACUGACCAAUCAAAAUAGUUUUUAUUCAGUGGAACUAGAUAUUGGCACCCCCCCUCAAAAAGUUACUGUGCUUGUAGACACUGGUUCUUCUGAUCUAUGGGUCACUGGUUCAAACAAUCCAUACUGUUCAACUAAGAAAAAGGAUACUAUUGAUUCAUCGUUUAAACAAGUAAACAAGGAUAAUUCAGCUAGCGUCGUUGAGAGUGUGUUUACUGAAAUUAGUUAUGACACUACUAUAGUUACCAGUGAAGCCACUGCUACUCUAGAUAGUACAGCUUCCACAUCACAGACAAUUGAUUGUACUGCGUACGGGACAUUUGACACUUCUAAGUCGUCUACAUUCGAGUCCAAUAAGACAGAAUUUUCGAUCACCUAUGGUGAUUCAACUUUUGCAUCUGGUACAUGGGGUCGUGACCAGUUGAGCUUGAACGAUUUGAAUAUUACUGGUUUAUCCUUUGCUGUAGCAAACGAAACCAACUCAACUGUUGGUGUCUUAGGUAUUGGCUUGCCAGGCUUGGAAUCAACUUAUUCUGGUAUUUCUCUCAGCUCUGCGCAAAAAAGCUACACGUACAAUAACUUUCCGAUGGUGCUAAAGAAUUCAGGAGCCAUAAAAUCAACAGCCUAUUCUUUAUUCGCGAAUUCCUCUGAUUCCAAACAUGGUACUAUUUUGUUUGGCGCCGUAGAUCAUGGAAAAUAUGCAGGCGAUCUCUACACAAUUCCUAUCAUCAAUACUUUGGAGCAUCGCGGCUACAAGGAUCCAAUUCAAUUCCAAGUCACUUUACAGGGAGUAGGUACUUCGAAAGGGGAUAAAGAAGAAAAUCUAACCACCCUCACCACCACGAAGAUCCCAGUUCUGUUAGAUUCAGGUACCACCAUAUCAUAUAUGCCAGCUGAGCUGGUACAAAUGCUUGCCGACCAAGUGGGAGCUACCUACUCUCCCGUGUAUGGUUACUACAUAAUGGAUUGCAUCCAAGAAAUGGAACAGGAGAGCAGCGUCAUCUUUGAUUUUGGUGGAUUCUAUCUUUCUAAUUGGUUGAGCGAUUUUCAACUAGUCACAGACAGUCGUUCAAAUAUUUGUAUACUAGGAAUUGCCCCCCAGUCAGAUCCGACCAUUAUCCUAGGUGAUAACUUCUUAGCUAAUACUUACGUGGUAUAUGAUUUGGACAAUAUGGAGAUAUCCAUGGCUCAUGCUAACUCCAGUGAUGACGGUGAAUACGUUGACAUCAUAGACGGCUCAGUUCCAAGUGCCCUUAAAGCACCCGGUUAUUCAAGCACUUGGUCCACAUAUGAAAGUAUCGUCUCUGGUGGGAACAUGUUUUCGACGGCAUCUAACUCCAGUACAUCGUACUCUGUUUCCAUGUCUCACUCGGCAACAAGUUCUUCCAGUUUCAAAGGCCAAAAAAUCCAAACAAGUACGUCAACCUUUUCCAAUUCAAAAUCAAGUUCAACCAUUUCUUCAACAAGAAUAUCAUCUCCCACUUCAAGUUCCUCUACGAGAAAAGAAAACGGAGGACACAACCUAAAUCCUCCAUUUUUCGCCAGGUUCAUUACGGCUAUUUUUUAUCACAUUUGA